AUGGACGCGGCCCCAAAUCUUCCCAAACCUUCACAGUGCAUCCUGAGGAGGCCGGAGAAUCCUGUCAGUGUGGAUGCAGUCCCCACAUCUUUCUUAGGCCUCACCAUGGGCCCAGACAACGCUGGGGUCUUCUAUCUGCAUGGACACAUCCCCAUAUAUUCCAAAGUCUACACCGGGGUCCUGAGGAGAAUCCAAUCUGCCACAAUCUCUCCAGGAAUGGCAUCCUGUGAAAAUACUCUUAAUACAUUAAGAUAUGCAAAUAGGGUGAAAGAAUUGACUGUGGAUCCAAAUGCUGCUGGUGAUGUCCGUCCAAUUAUGCACCAUCCAUCAAACCAGAUUGAUGACUUAGAUGCACAGUGGGGUGUGGGGAGUUCCCCUCAGAGAGAUGAUCUAAAACUUCUUUGUGAACAAAAUGAAGAAGUUUCUCCCCAGUUGUUUACUUUCCACGAAGUGGUCUCACAAAUGGUAGAAAUGGAAGAACAAGUUGUAGAAGACCACAGGGCAGUGUUCCAGGAAUCUAUUCGAUGGUUAGAAGAUGAAAAGGCUCUCCUAGAGAUGACUGAAGAAGUAGACUAUGAUGUAGAUUCAUAUGCCACCCAACUUGAAGCUAUUCUUGAGCAAAAAAUAGACAUUUUAACUGAGCUGCGGGAUAAAGUGAAAUCUUUUCGAGCAGCUCCACAAGAAGAACAGGCCAGCAAGCAAAUCAACCCGAAGAGACCCCGUGCCCUUUAAAUCAGCAUUUGCUGCUAAAGGAUUCUCAGAACCCACACUGCUGUAACAUACAAUGGUUCAGCUGUAAGGGCCAUUUGAGAGUUUGAAAUUUUAAGUGUCUGUGGAAAAUGUCUUGUCCCUUCACCUGAAUGGCAUUUCACUUUUAUG